GCAUUGUGAUGCGUUUCUAGAGCUGGGAGAAUUCCAGUGGGCACCACAGAGGGAUCAGCAUACUCUUGUCCUCUCCUUCUGUAGGUAUUCUCCUCCAGCUAAGCAAUGGAUUUCUGUGAGUGAAACAAGGCAAAAUAAGUAGUGAGUUUGGUGUUCAAGAGAUUAUAUCAAGUCAGAAAUCCAUCAUGGGUGACCUCCAGAGACUUCUAAACCAAGGAGAAUAUGCUCUUUUUGCUUCUGCUCCCGUGCUUGAAAGCAGGUUUGUUCAGAUUAACCAAAGAGGGGAACUGGUUAAUCUCCAUAAUCGACCAACCGUUGUGACCCUUGGCAUCUGUGCUCCUAAUUCACCAAUGCCCAGUGGAAUUCUGCUAGCACACAAGGUGCCCGUGUCCCCACAGGAAAUAAAGGCAAAUCUUGAGAGAUUCUCAGAGCCUCCAUCUCAAGUGGAACAGCUAGCACUCAGCAGGUUCUUGCCCUUGAAGUUUGUAGAACUCUCUGUUCACAACUCAGAUAAGAAACAACUCAUGUUAAAAUUAGUAAAUGGCCGUUCCUAUUAUCUAGAGCUCUGUGCUCCACCAGAUCAACAGCAGCAGCUAUUCCACCACUGGUUGAAGCUAAUCUCUCUGCUGAAAAGUCCAGAAGAUACAAGCAAUACCAAUGACAACACAAUAUGUGAGGAUUCUGGCACGAGUCACGAGAAAGCUCCCAGCCCCGAGAUCCCAACAGACAAUAGCAACAACUCGCAAAAUGUGCCUAACCCCAGAACAGAGGAAGAAACUGUUAAGGAAGAAACUGUUACUGAACAAACCCCCUCCAACCAAGUUCCCAACUCAGGUAGUGUGGGUCCCAUGGAAAAGAGUGGAAGGGAAAGGGCAACCUUCAGCAGCUCCAAGGAAGGAAUCAGACUAGAAAACACCAUGCAGUCAAAGAAUAAAGAUCCUCUGGAUACAGUAAAGAGCAGAAGCAAAGAAAGGAGGAAAAGCAGGACAGAGAAAACAAAAUCCAAAAAAGGGAAAACAUCACAUUCUUCAGGAAAUCAAAAGAGUGGCAGGAAGUCAAGCAUAGGCUGCUUCAGGUUAAACUCCAAAUAAUUUGUCAGUGAGAAGGAAUAACA